ACCUUCAACUUUGGUCCGUCACUCAUCACCAGGGCAUAGCGGGGAAGAGAUCAUCUGUUGGCCCGUCGUGUCUCUACCCGAGGCCGGAUGGUAAAAUCCAACCUCCAGCGGAUCCUAAACAGUCAUUGCUUUGCUCGCGAAAAGGAAGGAAAACAACAGCCUCUCACUACCAUGGCGGAUUUGAGUAGCGGUAUUUGUGACAUGAUUGCUAAUCUGUCCAUGCACUGUAGUACCCGCGGCCCAGGGCCUCUGUGGUGCUCCGAUGCCCCUCUCCCACCCCUGAAGAUCCCAGGUGGGCGAGGGAAUGGCACACGGGAUCACGCUCCUGCAGCUCGGUUGCUCCACUCAGACCUGAAGUUGACCGUUAGUGAGGAGCCAGCGGGCAGCGGUCGCCCCGGGAUACUCCACUUCCAAAGUCAUCUCACGGUCAGCAAGGCGGUUCAAUGGGACGCUGUCGUGAGCAGCAGCGCUCUCUUUGUGGAGAUCCCUCUCGAGCCGCUGCCUGAAGGUAGCAAGGAGAGCUUAGCGUCUCUGCUGGAAUACGCUGAAGAACAUCUGAAAGUGGUCGGCGUCUUUGUCUGCUUCUACAAGAACCGGGAUGAUCGCGCCAAGCUGGUGCGUACAUUCAGUUUCCUGGGCUUCGAGAUCGUGAAACCGGGCCACGCCCUCGUCCCGCCUCGACCAGACGUUCUCUUCAUGGCCUACAAUUUCGAUAGGGACUCUUCCGACGAGGAGUAAAACCCAGCCCCUUUCCCGAAACCUUCCACCCCCCCCUUUCGUUCCCCUGUUUUGUGUUUGUUGAUCUCUUGGUUGUGUUCCCCCAUGAGCAUCAAGUUUGGGUAAUAGGGAAGGAGGUUUGACUUUUGGCUUGUUUAGUGUUAGCUGUGCAUAUGUAGCUCUGCUUUGUUUACCCAUUGAGUCGUUCUAUUGUUUGAAUGUACAACACACAAAGGUCUAUUUUAUUUUCUUUCUUUACUUACAUUCUGGUACUGCGGCGACAAAAUGGCUGCCAUGUUUGAAUCUUAUUUUUCAGGGGGACCACUGUGUAGCAUUCACUAACAUCCACUUAUGUUAACAACCCCAUUUAUUGGUACUUAAAUAGCCACACCAUUUUAGUGAAGACAUUUUGAACAUGUAAAUUAGACAAGAAGGGGAAUUAUCCAAAGGGUUUUUUUUUUUUUUUUGCUUCAUUAUCACCUAUAAAUCUCAAUUGUUUUCAUGUUCUGUUUUCUGGGUUGAUUCAUGAGGGAAGAAAAGCUGUGAUGUUGUGAUUGGACUGACUGCAUCUGCAUUCCGUUUUGUUUCAUGAUGUUCAACUGGCAUGUUGUGCUCCUGUACCUAUUGUGCUUCUUAUAAUAAAACAACCCCAAAAUCUA